GAGUUCCAUAAUCAACUAUGUAAAUAUCUCAUCAAAUAUCUUCCUCCAAAGUCCCAAAAGUCUUUACUAAUCAUUAAAAAGGGCAUUGCCGCACCUACCUGUCCUUCACCACCUACUAUCUUCCCCAAAAAUACCACUGCAACGCUUUAACUGCCAUCCUUCACCCAUGUCCUCCCCCGCCGCCAACAUCGCCACCUCCAUUUCAACCCCAACUCUAGACUCCGAGUCCCCUGCCCUCCUCCAAUCCAUCACCUCCCAUGGAGGCUACGCUUUUACCCGCAUGGCCACUUUAGCCGCUGCCGGCGACCAACGCGCUGCCGAGGCCGCAUGUGAGAUGGCUUGGGAGCAACUUCACUCCGGUCCUUGGCACUCUGUUCUCCCCGUCUGGCGUGACGCUUACUCCAUGGCCUGCCUACAUGUGGCCAAAUUCCAUUUAUCCAAUGGUGAGUUCAGAGAUGCCCUUAGGUCUUUGGACAUGGGCAUCAUAAUGGGCGGUCCUUUGCUUAGGAAAGAUUUGGACUCCGCAAUCGAAGGCGUUUUGGCCGCCAAGUCCAGACACUAUCAUAACGGAGUAGCUGAUAAUGAUAAAGAAGGUCACGGAGAGGCAGGGUCCCGAUUGCUGGUUUCUCCACAGGAGUUCGAUAAGUCCGAGGUACUACGAAUUUUACCAAUAAGGUCAUUGUCUUCCAAGAUUGUGGGGAAGAGGUCCGCCCUAUCUUUGGAGGCAUUUCUAUGUGAAUAUUUCCUCUCAGGUUCUCCGGUUAUAAUUACUGACUGUAUGGCUCACUGGCCAGCUAGGACAAGGUGGAAUGAUAUGGAUUAUUUAAGAAGGAUUGCUGGUGAUCGUACUGUCCCAGUUGAGGUAGGAAAAAACUACUUGUGUUCAGAGUGGAAGCAAGAGCUUGUUACAUUUUCUGAGUUUCUCGAGAGGGUUCAAUCUACAGGCUGCAGUAGUAAGGCCCCUGCAUAUUUGGCACAACACCAAUUGUUUGAUCAGAUAAAUGAUUUGCGGAAAGACAUUUCUAUUCCUGACUAUUGUUGUGCUGGUGGUGGGGAGCUGAGAUCUCUCAAUGCAUGGUUUGGUCCAGCUGGGACAGUUACACCUUUGCACCAUGACCCACACCAUAAUAUCCUUGCUCAGGUUGUUGGUAAGAAGUAUGUGAGACUCUACUCUGCUAAAUAUUCUGAGGAGCUUUACCCAUACAGCGAAACCAUGCUCAACAAUUCCAGCCUGGUUGAUCUGGACAACAUAGAUGAGGUAGAGUUUCCAAAGUCAGCUAUUGGUGGAGUACCGAUUCUGGAAGUUCAAUGGUGUCUUAGAAUAUGUAAACAUUUAGUAUUCUUUCUAUGUCUAUGUUUUAAAAUUCUUUUUGGAAGAGAAGUGGACUUCAUGUAUAUCAAAACCUUUGCUGGCAAAAUUUACGUGCAGCCAGCCUGAAAGAGAAACAAUGAUAAUAGUGUAUUUAUGCGUGUAUGGGGAGUUUUUAUCUUUGAACUCGCCCUAGUUUACCGGAUAGGUUUGAUAUCGAACAUCUUUCCAAGCAA